ACAAAUCAAUGUCCAACAUGUACCCAAAAUUCAUCAUUUUCAUUACGAUUCUUUUUUUGUCAUCUAUUAUGACAACAAAAGGUCAAAAUGUUAAAAAAUUAUUCGAAUAUCCAAAUGUUCGACGUAAUGAAACAAUUCAGGAUGAAUUUUUUGGAAUUAAAAUUCAUGAUCCAUAUCGAUGGUUGGAAAAUACGACAAGUGAUGAAACGAAAAAAUUUAUCCAAGAACAAAAUUCCAUAACAUUUCCAUAUCUUCAAUCAUGUCAAUAUCGUGAUAAAAUUCGUAAAAAAUUUAAACAAUCACUUGAAUAUGAUCGUAUUGAUGGUCCAUUUAAACGUGGCCCGAAUUAUUUUUUACUAAAAAAUCAAGGUUUACAAAAUCAUUAUAUUCUUUAUAAAAUGUUGAAUGGACCAGAUGAUCCAGAAAAUCUUGAAAUAUUUAUCGAUACAAAUGAAAUGAGUCCAAAUGGAUCAAUAUCAUUAGCAUUGACCAGUUUUUCGUAUGAUGGAAAAUGGUGUGCAUAUGGUUUGGAUGAAUCUGGUUCCGAUUGGAAUAUCAUUCGAAUACGUUCAGUUGAGAAUAAUACCGAUUUGAAUGAAACAUUAACAAAUAUUAAAUUUUCAACCGCAUCAUGGACUAUUGAUAAUAAAGGAUUUUUCUAUUCGCGAUAUCCAAAUGAAAGUCGAAUCGAUGGUACUGAAACAACUGUAAAUAAAUUCAAUAAACUUUAUUAUCAUCGAAUCGGUACGGAUCAACAAUAUGAUAUUCUUGUCUAUGAAACACCUGAUCAACCAUUGAAUCGUUUCUAUGCAAAAGUUAGUGAAUGUGGCCAUUAUUUGAAUGUAUUUAUCAAACAAAACAGUGAAUUUGAAGCAUGGUAUUAUUAUCGUUUUGAUAAUAAUCAAACUAAAAUUAAUGGAAAAUUAUCAUUUCAACCAAUAAUCUCGACAUUUGAUACAAAUUUUCAAUAUAUAUCGAAUGAUGGUCCAAUUCAUUAUAUCCUCACUAAUCGUAAUGCAUCAAAUUAUCGUCUAAUUAAAGUAAAUCUAACCAAUUCAUAUAGUAUUCAAGAAUCACAAUGGAAAGAUUUAAUUCCUGAACAUAAUGAUGAUGUUUUACGUUCAGUACGAAUUAUAAAUGAUACGUUUAUAAUUUGUCAUUAUAUACAUGAUGUAAAAAGUCGAUUAGAAAUACGUAAACUAAUCGAUGGAACAUUGAUAAAAAUGUUAAACAUUCCAUUAGGAUCGAUUGAAUGGAUUUCAUGGCAACGAAAAAAUGAUAGCCAGGCAUUUUUUUCGAUAACAUCAUUUCUAAUACCAUCAACUAUUUUUCGUAUCAGAUUUGAUCGUGAUCAAAAUUUCGAACCAAUUCUAUAUCAACAAUCAUGGCCAAAAAAUUUCGAUUCGAAAAUAUUUGUAACUAAACAAAUUUUCUUUAAAAGUAAAGAUGGCACUCAAAUUCCAUUGUUUAUUGCACAUAAAAAAGAUAUCAUGAUGAAUGGUGAAAAUCCAACAUUACUGUAUGGAUAUGGUGGAUUUAAUAGUGUAAUGAAACCAAGAUUCGAUCCAAAACGAUUAUUAUUGUUGGAAAAUCUAAAUGGUAUUUAUGCAUUGGCCGGUAUUCGUGGUGGUGGUGAAUAUGGAAAACGAUGGCAUCAUUCGGGAAAAUUAUUAAACAAACAAAAUAGUUUUGAUGAUUUUAUCGCUGCUGCUGAAUAUUUAAUCAAAAAUAAUUAUACAAAAUCAGAAAAAUUAAUCAUUGAAGGUGGAUCAAAUGGUGGACUUUUAGUAUCGGCUGUUUCAAAUCAACGGCCAGAUCUUUUUGGUUGUACAAUAUGUCGUGUUGGAUUAUUAGAUAUGUUACGUUUUCCAAAAUUCACUAUAGGACAUGCAUGGAUUUCAGAAUAUGGUGAUCCAGAAUUGAAUGAAAUAAAUUUUCGUUAUUUAUUUGGUUAUUCACCAUUACAUAAUAUUCCAUCCGAAAUCAAUAAUAGGCUAACAAACUAUCCAGCUACACUAUUGCUUACAGCUGAUCAUGAUGAUCGAGUUGUUCCAUUACAUUCAUAUAAAUAUAUUGCACAGCUACAAUAUCGUUUGGGUAAUCGUUUUCCAAAUAAACCAUUCCUGAUACGAAUCGAUACUGGUACCGGACAUGGUGGUGCAAAACCAACGGAUAAAAUUAUUGAAGAUACGGUGGAUGUUUAUAGUUUCAUUAUCAAUUCAUUGUCGUUGAAAUAUUUGGAUUAAAUCCUGGAUUGAAAAAAUUUUUUUCCAUGGAAUUCGGUGAUUGGAGAAGGACAUCAACUAAGGAAUU